CGCCCUGAGCUCCCCUUCUUGAGCUAAGGGCACCUCAGAGAACCUCUACCAAGGCUGAUGCUUGGUUGAAACAGAGUUUGGAUCUGAAAUCUGUCUGGGUAUAUAUACUAUGCUCAUCACCACUGUAUCUGAGUGCCUUACAGAAUUUCAUGGGUCUGCCAAGUAGUCUAAUCAAUGCUGUUUUGCGGUUCUGUCUAUCUACCUGUCUUCUGUCUCUCUUUAGGCAUUUACGUUGCACACAUUGUCUAGGAUUCUCUUGCUCUGGAUUGUGGGGAAGGGUGUUUAAGACAUUUAAUAUUAUUUAUUGGAAAGUCUAGCAAGGAAGGCAGCAAUGUGAUCCUUUUAACCUCUCAUGGAAGGAUAAUCCAAAGCUACAGGCUGUCUGCUUAGAAAGUUCUGCCUGCUGUAGCUGACAGUUCCACUGUUCCUGGGGAUGCAAAUACUAUGACUGCAGAGAGAACGUGGGCCCAAACCACGCAUGAUCAUAUAUUGAAUGGGGAGCCGUCAUACUGUCCCGAGCACCAGGAAGGUGUGCUCGUGCUGUCCUGCAUUGUAUAACAGGUAAGUUCAAAUGUUUUUAACUGGCUGGAGGCUUUUCAGCACUGGUGGGUGAAGUGGUUACCACUGAGCAGGAAGGUCACAGGGAAUCGAUCACAGGGAAUCAGUGAGGGACAACUGUUCCCACAAAAAUGAAGAGCUGACAUAGUAGAGCUCACUGGGUAACAUUUCUUGCUCUUUUCUCAGCUCCAGCUCUCAGAAACAGCUGGCACAUCAGCAGUCCCCAAGUCCUAGGGUGUUCCUGUAUAACAAGUACCAUCAUCAAAACAACUGCUGAGAGGCAGCUGUUGAGUGUCAGCUCUUCAUCUUCAAGAGUGGAAAAAACUAUGAAUGGGAGCUGUGUCUCUGAGCAGGAUGUGGAUAGCUCGAGUUCAGGACACUCAGGUGGGCAGAAAGAAGAGCCCUGUCUCCAAAGAUACUUGUUGUUCUCUUCCCCUAGUGUGUCCAUCAUAUCACAACUCCUCAGCCAGACAACUGCUAACAGGGGACUGGAUCCAAACUUCCUUUUCCCUUCCCCACAGACAACAGAAUCACCCCAGGAAGCCAGGGACUGCCCAUCUUUUAAGGAAGGGACACCAACCCUGGCCUCCCCUCUGUGUUACACUCCAAUUUCCAGUUUUGGUGACACAGACCAGUUCUAUAAUGAACACUUACGAGCUAAGAGAGCCAGAGUGGAAAGCAUUAUCCGAGGUAUGAGCCUCUCACCAAACCCUACCGCACUCGGUACCAAUGAAGCAAGAGACAGAGAAUGCCCUGUGGAGAAAAGAAGCGAGAACUACAGGGAGAACAAGAGAAAGCAGAAGCUUCCCCAGCAGCAAAGCCCACAUGUAGCACAGCUUGCAGGAAGAGGCAGGAACAGCGCCAAGGCAGAAGAGUGCCGCCAACUGAAGGAACAGCUUCAAGUUUUGCAGCAGCAGCUGAGGCAGCUUCAAGAGAAAUUCUUGCAGGUUUAUGAGUUCAGUGAUUCAGAUCAAAGCCACAAAGGGAUGGAGAAGACUAUGCACUUACUGAAGGGGAAGUGUGGAGACAGUCUAGAUGAAAGCCAUCAGGCUGCUACCAGUGACCAACUUAGAACUCUUCUUUGGAGGAGCAUCUCAGAGAUGGAAGGCCACAAAGUGUCAGAGGAAGAAAGGAGAAUGGGGGAUCUGGGUGAACUGUCCUCUGAAGAAAGAACCUUUUCUGAGACAUUAAAGCAUGAACUAGCCACAGUGGUAUCUCAGGCUGUGGACAUGGUUUUGAAAAAAGUAUUGUCCAAGCCAUCAGGCCAUCUGGCUCAGCUGUACAACAGCCUCCCAAUCUCAGCACCAGACAGCAGAAGAGAGGAUUUUGCCACUGAGGAAUAUUCCAUCAGAAAAUGGCUUCCUGGGGCUUCCUCUCAAAAUUUGGUAAACUCACUGACUGAAGCCCAUACAGAGGCCUUGUCACUAGUCAUGGAUAAGUGUCCAGACUUUCAUGUUCACCCGAUCAGUUCAAGAAUGGCUAGAAAAUCCUGCCAUGUACCUAACAUGAAUCACCCCUUGGUCGUGACUUCUCAAGUUCAAGAAAAAGAGAUUCUUAGCCAGCUACUAGAGUACAGUCAAAAUGGCCAUUGGAACAGCAGCUCUCAUAGAAUUGCCUGUUCCCCAGACAGGUCUUCUCAAGAGUCCCUAGAUCUACCUUGGAGUGCAGUCAAAUUGAAGUCAUCAGUCAUGAGACACCAGCAAUAUCCAAUGUCCCUUAACACCGCUGAAAUGGAAAGUUUGGCUUUUCUUCCAGCCAGGAAGGCAGAAUGUGGAGAGCUGCAGACUGUGAUGGAUGGGAUGCCCUUCUCCUCAGUCCAAAUCCAGGAGGCUCUGACCCCUGGCCACCUGAAGAAGGCCAAGCUGAUGUUCUUCUUCACUCGUUACCCCAGCUCCACUCUAUUGAAAACCUACUUCCCUGAUGUCCAGUUCAACCGCUGCAUCAGUUCCCAGCUCAUCAAGUGGUUCAGCAACUUCCGUGAGUUUUACUACAUCCAGAUGGAGAAGUUUGCCCGACAAGCCAUCUUGGAGGAAGUCACAGAUUCCAAACACCUGAUGGUUUCUCGGGACUCUGAGCUCUUCAGGACCCUCAACAUGCACUAUAACAAGGGGAAUGACUUUGAGGUCCCAGAUCGCUUCCUGGAGGUUGCUAGCAUGACCUUGCGGGAGUUCUUUAGUGCUGUCAGGGCAGGGAAGGACUCUGACCCCUCCUGGAAGAAACCCAUUUACAAAAUAAUUUCAAAACUGGACAGUGACAUCCCAGAUAUGUUUAAAUCUUCCUGCUGCCUCCAAGAACUACUCCAGAGUUAA